GUCAACCGUACUCUUUAGUAGCAUGCAUCUCUCGUACUAUGAGUCACAAGGCUCAUUUCAUAAGCAGCCAGAUCCAGCAUGCGGGGAAACAACAGCCUUAUCUAUACCGAUAACCCCACUCAACUCCAUCAACAACAACGACUGCUCCAACCACCAUCUCCAACAUCAAAAACACCCUCAAACACACCAAUUCCCAUAAUCAACACCAUCUCAGCACAGCCCAAACACAAUGCCAACCCAAGAACCCUCAACAAUCGUCAUAAUCGGAGCUGGCGUAAUAGGCCUCAGCACAGCCCUCUACCUCCAAUUCCACAUCAACAACACCAACACCACCACCACCAAAAUCCUCCUCCUCGCCCGCGACCUCCCGCACACCACCUCCCUAAACUACACCUCCCCCUGGGCCGGCGCACACUACCGGCCCGUCCCCGGCACCGACUCGCAACACCGGCGCGAAGCCUCCCAAGCCCACCGCACAUACACCCACCUCAAGUCCCUAGCCAGCACGCAGCCCGGCGCGGGCGUCGCGCGUUGCCCCGCGGUGGAGCACCUUGAGCAGCCGCCGCCCGAGUACCUCGAUGCUGUGGCCGUGCAGGCCGCGUAUGCCCACGUGGACGGGUUCCGGGUUCUACCGCCCACAGAACUGCCGGUGGGGGUGCGGUGGGGGGCAGAGUAUGAGACGGUCGUCAUCAAUUCACCGGUGUAUUGUCAGUGGAUGCUCAGGGAGUUUGUGCUGCGCGGCGGAGAGGUGCGGGAGUAUACGUUGGGGGAUGUGCGGGAGGCGUUCUUUGUGGGCGGGGCUGGACAGGAGGGAGGAACGAGAAAGGUGAGGACGGUGGUCAAUUGUUCGGGGUUGGGGCUGGGGGGUGGGGAUGGAAAGGCUUUUAUUAUUAGAGGACAAACCUGUCUAGUUCGAAACCCUUGCUCCGUGACCAUGACCCGCCAGAAUAGCGAUGGGUCGUGGUCGUUCUGUAUCCCCCGGCCGCUGGGAGGCGGCACGAUCAUCGGCGGCACUAAGCAGCCACAUGACUGGGAUCCGAACCCGUCGCCGGAGACGCGAGCCCGGAUCCUGGCGAAUGCGGCCAAGUGGUUCCCUUUUGCCGAGGGGAGUGAAGGGAAGUUCGAUGUCAUUCGAGAUAUCGUCGGGCGGCGACCGGCCAGAGAGGGUGGCAUGCGGAUUGAGGUCGAAUGGCUGGAGGCCGGCGAUGGGGAGCGCACGGUUGUCCAUGCUUACGGGGCGGGUGGACGCGGCUUUGAGCUAUCGUGGGGUGUAGCUGAGGAUGUGUUUAAGCUCAUGGCGGAGCAUGGUCUGGUCCAGCAAAAGGCCCUGCUAUAGGUGUUUGCUUCUGCGAUGAAGGUUCAUGAUUAACUGGGCCGUGGUAUAGCCAUUUAUAAUCACGACCACAGCAAGCCCUGAUUCCUGUGGCUCGAAAUUUUGUGUACAUUAUGUUUAAAACUCCCUUCUC